AUGCGUUCCCUCAUCCAUGAUCGCAUCUCAACCGAUGAUGGGCAUGCAGUGCGUACAGUGUCCACCAUGGCAGCAGGGGCAGCAGCAGGGGCCCUCGCAACCAUUCUGACCCACCCGCCUGAUGUGGUGCGAACCCACCUGCAGCUGGCCACUCUGCAUGCGACACCUGGCAAGCCCCUGACCAUGCUCGGUGCCACGUCAGCCAUUUACAAGUCGCAGGGCCUUCCGGGUUUCUUUCGAGGGGUGGUCCCGCGUGUGCUGAAGCGAUCAAUGCAGCAAGCACUCACAUGGUGA